AUGGAGGUGGCUGGACCUUCGAUGAGAAGUACUGAGCUGCUCGCUGAGGCUGAGACCGGCUCAGUCCAACAGAAAGCCAGCACAAAACCACACAGCGAUCCUCAUCAGAACCAAGCAGAACCACAGAGUCAUCUUGCACAGGGGGCUCACCAGUUGCGUCGCAUCCUCAGGGUGGUGGAGUCACGAGGGUCUCAGAGCUUCAGGAAGUGUGCAGCCAUGAAGCUGGCCCAGGUGCUGCUGAGCUCCGUGAGCGAGGAUAGCUACUGGCUCCCACUGGGCCCCCCUCCUGCAUCCUGGCUCACCAGAGAGGGGGCUGCUGCCUCCAAAGACGCCCUCUACCCCACGGUCAAACCACCACAGCGUUACAGCACAUACUGCUGCUUUUGUCCGCAGGACGUGGUAGAAGAAGCCGUGCUCCUGCUGCUCAUCACAGAAUCCAUGACCAGUGGUGAAGCGGUGAUCAGCCGUCUGCCGGACCAGAACAUGGCCCGUCUGGCCAGCCUGCAGGAUGCCACCUCCAUCUAUGACCUGCUAACCAUGGUCAUGGCCAGGAGGGGGCAGUAUGCCCUGCUAUCUGAGUGUCUGCAGAGAGCCAUGAAGUUUUCAGUCUAUGACUUCCACCUGUGGCAGCAGCUGGGCCUGUCGCUCAUGGCAGCUGGGAAGCUGCCUGAAUUCGCCUUCCACCACUUGCCCUUGCAGUCUGCCUUCCCAUCAUCCUGGAAGGAGCAAAACCCUCAGCCAUCCAACAGCCAUACAGACUACCUGAACUGUGGAGAGAGAAGCACAGUCGCCCACGCCAUGAUGCAGGCAGAGCAGACCGCCUGCAUAGCGCACAGGUUCGCGAUGGUGUCAGCCGUGGUGCAAGACUUGUCCCGGUCUGCAGCAGAGAAGUCUGGUUUGGCCUUCCGUGAGAUGCUGAGUGCUGGCAUCGCCACAUUGUUUGAGGUCGCUGCCAUCUGCAAGUUUCAGGAGGCUGAGGUUCUGUCCCACACUGUGGUGUCCAUGGGGGAGGAGGCAAGAGAGUUCCUGCCCCGGACCUACCUGGCUCUGGGGCUCAGCUUCAGUCUGCAGGCCUCUGAGGCACAGAUAAAGUCACAUAUUGAACACCUGCACUCUACCAAAUUAUUUGUGUUUUUCAGAGCUCACUCUUUAGAUCCUCACGAUGCUCAGGUUUGCAUGUACCUGGCUCUGCAGCUGGCCCUGGUCCGGCAGGUGUCAGCAGCCAUGGAGCCCCUUCAGGCUGCCUUAACCCUGCAGGCUGACGAUUUGCAUUCUCUCCACCUGCUGACCCUGCUGCUGAGUGCACAGAAGCAUCACCACCACGCCCUGGACACACUAAGCCUGGCCCUCAGCCAACAUCCUGACAACUUCAAUUUGCUGCUGACGAAGGUGAAGCUGGAAGAGGUUUUGUUUGGCCCCGCUGCAGCCCUGCAGAUUUGUGAGGAGAUGCUGCAGCACUGGCAAAUGUCUUAUGACUUCAGUCGCUCCAGUGAAACCGAUGACAGCAGCAGUUUAGCUGUGGCUGAAAAGUCCGAUGUGAGUCCGUUAGUCAGGAAACCCUCCAUCCACCUCACCCUGCCUGACUUCCAGGAUGCCUCCACAGGUUCCCUCACCCCUCCCUCGAUGGCAGCGUCCCGUCUGGAGGCGGCGCUGUCAGAGGUGUCAGACAUUAGCUCCACCCACCGCCAAGGCCCCGCCUACAUCUGGACAACGCUGGAACACAUUUGGCUGCAGGGUCGUCUGCUGGUCAAAAGAGGGCGUGUCCACCUGGGUGAGAAAGUUCUGCGGGACGCAGUUCAAAUCCACAGCACCUCCCACGAAGCGUGGAGUGGGCUGGGCGAAGUUCUGCAGGCUCUGAGGUGCAGCCAGGCUCCAGACUGCUUCCUGACGGCACUGGAGCUGGAGGCAUCCUGCCCCGUUCGGACCUUCACCGUCAUCCCCCGAGAGCUCUGAGGAACCAGAAACUCCUGUCCUGGAUCUGCUCUAAUGUUUGGAGAUAUAAAUAUUUUUCUUCUGUAAAUUCUUCAUGAGUU